AUGCCUCCACUUUCAACCCCGUCGUUUGUAGAAUCCGAUGACGAUUCUCUCUUAAAGAAUUUAGAUUCGGUCCCCUUAGAUGGGAAAUCCCUUAUCCCCGGCAACACCAUCUUUACAAAGGAAGAGGUUCCCAAACUCACCGAUAUCAAAAAGCGCAUUCCUAAGGAAUACUUUAUUCCUUCAAUUUACAAGUCUUUUCAAUAUGUCAUCCAAGAUUUGCUCAUCGUUGUCCUCCUAUUCACCAUUUACAUGGCCCUCGAUUCGACCUCUUUCGUUCCACCCUUCCUCAAAACUUUCCUCCUACUUCCCCUUUAUACACUAUCCCAGGGUACGAUGUUUUGGGCGAUUUUUGUGUUAGGACACGAUUGCGGUCACGGUAGCUUCAGCAGGAAUACUUCGAUAAAUAAUAUUUUUGGCACCUUUCUUCACACUCUAAUCCUCGUUCCUUACACCGCUUGGAAGUUAAGUCACCGUCAUCACCAUAAGAACACCGGCAACAUCGAUAAAGACGAAGUUUUCUUUCCAUUGAGGAAAUCCGAAGCCAUCAUUAUGACAGGUGGCUCCGGGGAGACGAAGCUUAUUCCUUAUUUCGGUUUUGGUCUUGGUUGGAUCAUAUACCUGGUGUCGGGCUAUGGCACAAGAGCCACUUCCCACAUCAACCCUUUUUCUCCCCUCUUUUCCAAGGACCGAGUUGGUGCCAUCACCUCUUUGGCAUGCGUUCUCGCGGCCUUGACCUGCCUCUUUUACGCUUCGUCUGUUUACGGCAUUUGGUCCGUUGUAAGGUACUACUUCCUCCCUUGGUUUGUGUUCGCAUCUUGGUUAGUGGUCACCACAUUUCUACAUCAUCACGGUGUCGAGGAAAAUAUCAAGUUACCUUGGUUUGCCGAUGAAGAAUGGUCGUACGUGGUUGGAAAUCUCUCUUCGGUGGAUCGUGAUUAUGGUAUCCUGCGCGAUGUUACUCACAACAUCGGCACUCACCAAGUUCACCAUCUUUUCCCCAUCAUACCUCACUAUCAUCUCAAGGAAGCAACAGCUGCCUUCCAACAAAAUUUCCCCCAUCUCAAGCGGGAAUCCAAAGAACCAAUCAUUAAAACCUUUAUCGAGACGUUCAAGGUUUGGAAGUCUCAAUUCCUUAUCGGAAAUGAUACCAAAAUUUUUGUAUAUAAAAACGAAAAAACCAAGCAAACUUAA